AUGUCGGAGCCGCCGUUUGUGCCGAGGGAGAGGCUGAAGAAGUACCAGGAGCACUUUCAGGGCAUUCAGAAGCACACUUUCUUGAAAGGGCGCUACGACAAGAUCACCUCGGUCGCCAUCCCCCUCGCGCUGACCAUCUCCUCUCUGGCACUCAUUGUGAGCCGCUAACACUCUCUCUCUCUCUCUCUCUCUCCCUCUCUUCUGAACAUGUGUUUCCACGUACCAUGCGUAGGGGCGGGGCAUCUACAACAUGUCCCACGGGAUCGGGAAGAAGGAGUGA